AUGGAGACGUUGGCGGCAUUCGACACUGUAGAGACAGCAGAUUGUGUCGAAUCCUGCCCUGUAGCUGGCUUUGAAUCCUCCAUGAUAGUAGCAACAUAUCAGCUGCAUAAGGCAGCGGAGAUUGGUGAAGCGCAGGAUCGUCGCAGUGGCACUCUCCUGCAUUUUCAGCUGGAAUGCAAUGGGGCAAUUAACACCGACGACGUAGAUGUGGUAGUGUGCAAGCUGGAGGAAACAGUGACUUCCAGUGGUAUCUUUGAUAUCAAAUGGAACACGCAAGUGAUGAAUGGCAAGGCCGUGCUGGGCGCUGCCACAGCUGCAGGUUCACUGGAGUUGUACGAGUUGGUUCAGGAAGGAAAGAAGCAGACGCUGCAUCACUCGGAACAUACCACAGAUGCUGAUGCAGCCUCCAUGUGCUUAUCGUUGGACUGGAACAAUCGUGUGCAUGCCAAUGCUCAGCCGUCCAUCUGCUCAAGCCACUCGGACGGCAUUCUAUCGGUCUGGGAAGUUGCACCACACUGCAUCAUUCAGCGUUCCAAGUGGCAGGCGCAUGACUUGUAUGGAUCACCCAUCGAGGCGUGGAUCUCAGCUUUCAACUGUCACGACCCGAAUGUACUGUUUUCAGGCGCAGACGAUGCGGUCUUAAAAGGAUGGGACUUGCGUGCUGGAACUGCAGCACCAACCUUCAAAAACUCGCGUCAGUACUCCAUGGGCGUGUGUAGCAUUCAGUUUCAUCCGCACGAUGAGCGAUUGGUUGCUGCAGGCAGCUACGACGAGCAGGUUGUAGUAUGGGACAACCGCAACAUGACACGCCCAAUGGCUGUACACGGUGCUGGCGGUGGCGUUUGGCGCCUGAAAUGGCACCCGGCUGAGAGCCGCAAGGAGCUCCUGCUGGCUGCGUGCAUGCAUAACGGAUUCCAAGUGCUGGAUUUCAUGACGGGCAAUUCGACGCUACGCAAAGUGGCGAGCUACGAUCGUCACGAUUCACUUGCGUACGAAAGUCCAGAAACAUUAAAAGUUUCGACCCUUGAUAAUAAUAAUACGACUGAUGAGCUUCUUCACGCUUUUCUUGAACCUUCUGGCGCAACUUCAGACACUUUAGAGCUUGAUUUGUGCUACGGAACACCUUCAGCUCACACGCGAGUAACUCUUCCUUCCUCUGUCGUAAAGAGAAAUGGGCAAUUACUACCAUCAACAACAACAAAUGGCGUAAAGCGCAGUCUCGAUCGGAUGAUGACAGGAGAUAAGAAGACGUCAUCUACAACAGCCAUAGCGACAUCUAUGUUAUCCAUGCGCACAAAGCCCAAGAAUCCAAUCAAGCAUGUACGAACUAGUGGCACUACAGUUACUACUAGUACUCGUAGAAAUCCAAUUGCACAGACAGUAAUCAAGAAAGAGCAGGAAACGACCAAUACAACGACAUUACAUCGAGGUCCAAAGAAGACGAAAGUAUCGCGUGAACGUCAAUUAAAGAUAAAUGCGGCGUCACGACGAUGUCGUAAGAAGCAGAAAAUGGAGCUGCAAUUUCUUCGGACACAUGUGGUAGAGCUACAAGCGGCACUGAAGGAUCAGGUGAAAUACCUGCAAGGCCAAUUAUCGCAGCAACAGCGAGCUGCACGACUCGCAAAUUUUGUCGAAGAUAGUAUUCAAAAGGUUGAAGAAAUGAGCUCUGGUGUACGACUUCAUCCGACCGUGAUGCCGGCUACUCCACUCGUGUCGUUCAGCUCGGACUUGCUACCGUUCAAAAUGGAAGACCAUAGCGGAGAAGACACGGAUGGAACGCACAGUAACGAUUCCGUAAAUCACAUUGAGACAGACGAUGCUAAUAGCGUGCACAUUAUCGACCCAUGUACAGGUUACUCGCUUAGUGACGAGCGUAAGAAGGUAUUGCUCAAUAUUUCGUCUUUUGUACGCGUCAAUAUGAGUCUGGAGAGCAGCAGUUUUGCACCGGAAGUAAUCUCGUGUCUCCCGAUUGAGAUGGAUGGCUGGCAACUACGUCUCGCCAUCACGGAGAAAAACUACACCAUUCACAACCAGAAAUUCUUUCCAUGCAAUGUAGAGGACAUGUUUGAUUUCUGCUGGGAGACAAACGUGGCUCAGAAAAUCUCGAUCAAACACGCCAAGAAGCACUACGUGGUCGUAACUCCUCUGGACAAGGAUGUUGCGCACGUGUACUCGAAGACGACAGGAAAAUGGUCACUGUAUGUACAUGGCGUGCCAAAUGUCAGCUAUAAUAGCAUUGUAUGUCGACGAUUCAUUCCAGGCGAAGACCGAGCGAUAAUCUGUCAGCAAAGCGUGCUAGAAGAGCGUGACUUUCAGGACGAAAACACGUUACCGUGGCUCUUUAAGCGGUGGGUAGUAUUCCGGCCUAAAGUCCAAGAUGGUAUUAAAGGCACCAUUGUGGAGGCAUAUCGCACCGCCAGCUACGCAACUGGGCGGCUCAUUUACAAGGAAAACAAAACGUACGACAGUUUUUGCGAGCACUUGAUCCGGCGCUACGCCGAGUCAAACACGCUGCUGGAGGGCAUGAUGGCACGUGAUAAGCGGUUCACGCAUGCAUUCGAUGCUAGCGUACGUUCGGGCGUCGAGGCUGAGUCCGCUACGGUGUCCGACCGCAUGAUCAAGGACCUGCUGCUUUUUUAA